CUUCUUCAAUAAAAUGUCAUUUUGAUCAUUGAGUGACAGAUAGAAAGACUCAAUAGUUCACAUUUUUUCCAAUUUGAUAGCCUAACGAUACCUUAAUUGAUAUAUUUUCUUAUCGCUAUUACCAUCAAAUAAAGUCCAUAAACAGGUUAAAGGGCACACCAUUCACUAAAGCAAUAAACACAGUGUUUUUUCUUGAAAUAAAAUAAGAAACUAUCCUGUCACUUCGCUUCAUAACAAUAACCUUUCGUCAUUGUGGAUAGGCUAAUUACGUAUAAUUAGUACACGAAAAUAUAAUAACAGCGACAGUGAACACGAUGGCUAAGGAGGAAGACGACGACAAUUUGCCGGACAAAGAUGCGGCGAAGGAAUUCUACGCGAGAUAUGAACCGAAGGAAAUAAUAGGCAGAGGUAUAAGUUCAACAGUUCGGAGAUGUAUAGAAAAGGAAACUGGAAAAGAGUAUGCGGCCAAGAUUAUAGACCUCAGUCAGGAAUCCCAGGAUGGGGUGGAUACGCAUACCAUGAGGGAUGCAACGCGGCAGGAGAUCCACAUACUGCGGAUGGUCGCCGGACACCCUUAUAUUAGUGAUUGAGCUGCAGGAUGUGUUCGAGUCGGAAACAUUUAUAUUCUUAGUGUUUGAGCUGUGCAAGAAUGGAGAGCUCUUUGACUAUCUCACGUCCGUUGUCACAUUAUCGGAGAAGAAGACUAGGUAUAUUAUGAGACAAGUCCUCGAGGGAGUUCGGCACGUGCAUAGCAAGUGCAUAGUCCACCGAGAUCUGAAGCCCGAGAACAUUCUAUUGGAUGACCAGCUCAACGUCAAGAUCACCGACUUCGGUUUCGCGAAGGUGCUCAAAGAUGGGGAGAAAUUAUUCGAGCUGUGUGGUACUCCGGGCUACUUGGCUCCCGAGACCCUCAAAGCCAACAUGUUCGAUGACGCACCUGGCUAUGGCAAGGAAGUUGACAUAUGGGCGUGUGGCGUCAUCAUGUUUACUUUAUUAGUCGGUUGUCCUCCGUUCUGGCAUCGCAAGCAGAUGGUCAUGCUGCGGAACAUCAUGGAGGGGAAGUACUCCUUCACCAGCCCCGAGUGGGCGGAUAUUUCAGACGACCCAAAGGAUUUAAUUAGGCGACUCCUGGUGGUGGAGCCGAGCGAAAGGCUUGGCAUCAUCGACGCCCUCAACCAUCCCUUCUUCAACACGAUGUUAUGGGAUCAAGACAUGAUGCCGCUCAAGAAAUCCUUGUCCAGUACCAGCCGUCGGAUGUCUAGGAUCGACCAGUUGGCUAUGGCUAUAAAGAGCGGCGGGUUCAACGCGCGCGGCAAGUUGCGCGUGGCGCUGGUGGCGGUGCGCGCGGCCGUGCGCCUGCGUCGCCUGCCGCACGCCGCCGCGCGGUCACUGCCACUCGCAGACGCGCUACGUGACCCCUAUACCAUGCGCGUUCUCAGAAAGGUCAUCGACGGAUGUGCUUUCCGCGUAUACGGGCAUUGGGUAAAGAAGGGCGAGGGACAGAAUCGUGCCGCCCUCUUCGAGAACACGCCUAAGACGGAGCUGAAGAGCUUGUACGUCAGCAACCUCAGCCGAUAGCCACAUGCCCGCUAUGUCGGGAGACAUCCUUGCCGCUGCUGCGAUCCUGGUACAUUGGAGCAGUUCAAGUACCAGGGUUGCAGAAUAAUCGAAGAAGUUAUCUUCGGCCAACUAAUCAAGUCCGAAGUGUGAACGAGUGACGUAGGUUAGUCGUAGUUACUGUGAGUAGUGUCAUGCUACCUUGGUACACUAGUUCAAUUGUCUACCUGUAUUAUUGAAUUGAAUGUCUGCAGUUGACUAAUCAACCGUAGUCAACAUCAAAUAGUGUAAAUUACAUUUCUAAAUUAGUACAAGAAUGAAAGGUAAGCAAUAAGAAUUGCUGUGAUCACGAAUUAUCUAUUAUCUUGUGUUAGUUGUAAAUUGUUUUUCUCACUAUAUUUUAAGGUCCACAUUAGAGAUAAUUUAGUAUUAUUCGAGUCCUGUAUAAAUAUUGUGUUGAUCAAAUUAGUUUAACAGAUUUUUUUAUUAACAAUAGUGCGUAUGUGUGACGAAGAACUUUAUAAAGAAAUUAUUUUGAAGAUGCGAUACUAGUGCGUACAAAAAAAUAGCAAUAUUAUGUCCACAUGUAGCUAACAGACAUGUGUAAAAAUAUGAAAAUAUCACAAUAAGGUGCCUUCUCAGAUCGUGGUGCGAGAAUUUAUAUCAUUUUACAAUAUUAAGUAUAUUUAAUUUGAAAAAUGUUUGGUGUGUCCGUAACUAAGGCAGUGUUUUGGAAACGUUUUGUUGCUACUUGCAAAUAGUAUUUCGAUCGCAAAUGCAAUAAUUAAUAAGAAUUAGCUGACGAGAUGUUUGAUUAAAAAUAAGUGUAUUUGACUAAAAUAGUGGAGAUAUUUUGUUAAAACGUUUUACGAAGGGAUUUAUUGAGAUUUCGUAUUUUAUUGUUAUAGAAAAAGUGUUUUUUCCUUCAAAUAUCAUACUUCGCUUUGUACAUCUGCUUCUAUUCCUUAUAAUCACGUGAUUUAAAACAACGAUCCUAUAAAUAGUCAGCUUUACAUAGAAGAAAAAAUAACAUACAUACUAUGUACCUACUACGAUAAUACAAACAAAAAACCAUGUUAAAACUACUUAAUAAUAAUAAGCUUGUCUACUUAUUUUUUUAUAUUUUUUGUCCUCUACUACAUGAAGGGACAAACGGCAAAAACAGACACUUCUCGCAAUAUUACACAACUUCGAAAAAAACAUUAUUUUGUUUACCUAUAUCAAAGUUAAUCCUGAUUGUAAUCGCCUUUAGAAAAAAAAUGUUUUUAUAUAUAAAAAAAACUAUUGUUAUAAUAUCGUUUUAUGUAUAUUUAUUUUAUUAUCUUAUAAGUAAAGUCAGAGGCAUAUUAAAAAUAUGUCAUUUUUGUUAAGUUACGACAAAACAACCUACCUAGUAGUUUCUAAUAUUUUUGUAUGAAAUCUCUAAAAUCUAAUACAUUAGAUGUUAAAAUUAUAUAUUUUUUGUACUGAUUGAAACAUUUCUUGCUUCUAUUUAGGUAGUAAAUAAAUAAAAUAAAUGUAAAUACAGUUCUUACUUACUUUUUUCCUAUCAUAUGGGUAGUUUUCCUCAGUCAAGAACGGAUUAUUUCGACUUUUCAAUACAAGAAAAUAUAAAAUACAAAGAUUUGACGAUAUUAUAACCGCUUAAUUUGUCUGGCUGUUUAAAAAAAAAGAUAAAUAUGACGUCACUACUUACUAUCUCGUAAAAAAAAUAUAGAAAACUAUUUUCUUUUUUUGACAUUUCGGAAUAAGUGUUGUAUUUGACUAUAAUUGAGACAUUACAAAUUUGCGAACUGUCAAGCCAAAAUAAUGUGACUAUCCCGCACUACUUGCAUAAGUGUGAGCGAGAGAUCUGAUAAAAAUGACUUUUGGCGGUUCCCACUUUUGUAAUGGCCCAAUUAUAAUUGGAAAAUUACCAUAUUCAGAUUAUCUAUAGACCUAUUUAUUACUAAGUGUAAGCUUUACUGUAAAAAGCAUUCUAAAUAGUUAUUCUAUGAAGAAUAACGAAUGAAAGACAGCUUCUCAGUUAUCAAAACACAUGUUAUUAUCACUUUUAGACAAAUAAAUUUAUUUAAAACCUA